AUGCAGCCCGCCAAUGCCUACAACCCUCCUAGGCCUCCCGAGGUUUUUACCCUGGCCGAAUCCCUCAACGACCAGAUCCCCGAAGAGGUGCGCAGCCAGUACAACAGGGACGAGAACGGCAGAAUCUUUUUCUACUCCACACCGCCCAUCGCCCGCCCCGAACACGGCCUCGCCCCAGACAAUGCCAACUCGGGCCACAGCCUCGCCUACCUUGCUAAGAGCAACCCGCAAUGGCUGGCCGAACGCGCCUCCCGCGCAAAGCCUUUUGCCGUCGCCAAGCAGAAGGAGUUGAAGGUCAAGAUGGCCCUCGACAAGGUCACCGAACCCGCCAAGGGCAAGACGGGUGAUGAGCUUCGCGACUGGGCCGCCGACUCUCUGGUCCGCUACGUCGAGGCGCACGCCCAGGAGACGUCGCGCAUGCGAGAAGAGGGCGAUCUGGACGGUCACGACCGCCUCAUGAAGGAGCAGCGCGCAGCGCGCCGCAAGAAGACGAGAAAGGAGCUGGAAGAGGAGGAGGAGCGAGCCGACGAGGCGAAGCGUGCCAAUUACCUCGAAGACAUUUACUUUGUCCACUCCAGUCUGCGCACGCCCAAGCCUGCUCACUGA